AUGCUGAAAAGCAUCGUUAUUCGUGCGGGRAUAUGGACACAAGGCCUUUUUGCUAUAUUUGGAAACCUUGGCGUCAUGAUUUGGUGGACCGUUUUGGGCAGGAAGCAACUUUCUAGAACAACAAGAAAUAAACCUAAUGUACAACCCUUACUCUUAAGACAUCUUGCUCUGGCUGACUUUCUUAUGGGGAUCUACUUGCUUUUCAUAGCGAUACAGGAUGCCUUGUGGAAAGGAGACUACGUGGACCAUGAUGUCGAGUGGCGCUCGGGUAUGUCAUGCCAAAUAGCCGGCGCCAUUUCGACUMUAUCCAGCGAAGUUUCAGUAUUGAUGCUUCUUGUAUUYACCGCUGAACGUUUCAGCAUCAUUGUAUUCGACUUUAAAGGCAAACGCCUGGGAUUAAAAUCUGCUCAUUGCGUUUGUCUUCUCGUCUGGAUAUCUGGAGUUCUCAUCGCCUUCAGUCCAUUGUUUGUCCCAAGCUACUUCAAGGAUGAAACCACUGGUUUUUCAUUCUACGGACGAUCGACCGUUUGCAUUCCUUUUCAGCUUUCCUCAGAACGACCUGCAGGAUGGGAGUACUCCGUCGCGAUUUUCAUGGCAUUAAACGGGGCUGCAUUUUUAUUCAUCCUUGUUGCUUAUGUAGCAGUAUUUAUUAAGGUCCAGCGCUCCGCCAAAAGAGUCACGUCAUCGAGAGAACCAUCGUCACUGGGGACAAGAAUUWUGURRAUUGUCCUGACAGACUUUUGCUGCUGGAUGCCAGUKAUCGUGCUUGGUAUUCUAUCGCUUACUGGAAAGUUUCACGACCCGACAGGACAAGUGUAUGCUGUCAUUGCUGUAUUUGUUCUUCCAGUGAAUUCCUCCAUCAAUCCUAUCAUAUAUACCUUUGCUACGCCACAAGCAAAGAAACUAUAUCACCAAAUGAUGCAAGGACUGCGAAACAAAUUCCAGAAAGUAUCAUGUCCAUGUAAGKAAAACAGUGCACCCAACGAGGAUCCUGGCGAAGACGAUGAAGCAGACGAAAUGCAAAAUGCUCUUGAAUUAAGAGAGAUUCGGUGAACCUGUGUAAUAGCUAUUUUGCUUGAGACGUCCGCCAUUUUGACUGUACCUAGCCAAGAAUAGUGGUAAGCACUGAUAUGGCGUUUAUCGAGAAAAUUAUGCAACUUUACUGUCGGUGUCAUGUAGGCAAUUUAUAUAUCAAUAGAUAAUUAAAAUUGACCAAUCCAGCAGCGCAAACUUAAUUUGUUUUUACACUUUUCGAACGUGACUGACGGUAGCGUUUUCGCCGAGAUUUUUUGACAUUUACAAGUCUCA